AGUCAUUGAAUUACUGUAGGUCAGAUACCAGGGCAAAUAUUUGCCUUUAGCUGGUUCAAGCAUCACUUAUAUUUGCAUAGUGCAUUUACCAUUCUACUCCGUUUUUUAAGAACAUUUCAGCAUUUGAAACUUAUACAUUUAUGAUACUGGUGAUCUUGGUGGUUUGGAGGAAACAACUUGGCACUCUAUAUUUUACAAAUUGAGGAAAUAGUAAAGUCUGUGUAAUAAUGGCAGCGGGAGCGGGUAACAAUGACCCGAAUUGGUGGAAAACGGCUGAAAACAUCUAUGCCUUUACUGUAACUGAUAUAGAUGGCAAUGAAGUAUCAUUAGAGAAGUACAAGGGUCAUGUAUGUCUUAUUGUGAACGUGGCAUCCAGCUGAGGGUUAACCGACAAGAACUACAAACAGCUGGUCGAGUUAGAUCAGCAGUUUGGUAGUUCUAGAGGUCUCAAGAUUCUUGGUUUCCCCUGCAACCAGUUUGGUGGACAGGAGCCAAAGCCGAAUGCAGAGAUCAAGAAGUUUGCCCAAGAUAAGUACGGUGCUCAGUUUGAUCUGUUCUCCAAGAUUGACGUGAACGGAGACAACGCCAUCCCCCUUUACAAAUACCUCAAGAUCAAACAGAAAGGCACCCUGGGAAAUCGUAUCAAGUGGAACUUCACAAAGUUUUUGGUGAACAAAGAAGGCAUUCCUGUGAAGAGGUUUGGGCCACCAACAGAACCCAAGGACACCGUAAAAGACAUUGAGAAGUACCUAUAAAGGAAAGGGGAAAAAAACAUGAAGCAUUGAUGUGAAGGUAUGAAGGUGAUCUACAAACUUCCUGUAACUCGGAGCUGCCAAGCUAGUCUAGGUAAUGGCCCUAAUUGACUGCUGCAUAUACAUGUAACGCCCAGUUUGGAUGGAGCCUACAAAGUAACAAUUUUUUUAGCCGACUCCAAGAAAAUUUAGCAGUAAAUGCAAUGUAGCAUUCCAAUUCAUAAUUAUUUGAUUACAGGAAUGUGUAAUAUAAAGCUUUAGCGAUCAGUCGUGAGGUCGAUUUCUAUGAUUGAAAAAAUCAGCCCCAUUCCAGGACUGCCGACACUCAUUUUCAUCUCUGUUAAGGAAAAUUUACCAGGAAAUUAGGGAGAUGUUUUAAUUUGCUUAUCUGCAAUUAUGGCCUUUGGAUUGUUGACUUUCAGGGAAUAUUCCUUACACUCCAGGGUUGGCAGUUUCUUGGGAAAUUUAGGUCUUUCCUCUCCAGGUGGGAAAUACGGGGAAAAACUCGUAAAUGCUGGGAAGUACUCAAGAUGUACAGAGAGGUACAGGGAAACGCUAGAAUAUUCUUGAGAAACUGGGCAAUACCUGGAAAUAUUCAAAAACUAUUUUUCGUAGUAUUUUCCUGCCAGGGAAAAUAUUACACGGGGGCUCGGGGCGAAUUUGCCCCCGAAAAUGCCCCACAGAGCCCUGGAAAACUAAAAACGAGCCCCUAAAAUUCACAUUGGGUCCAAUGUAAACUUUAAUACAAUGUGGCAAAUUUAGUCUGGUGAGCUCAAAAGUAGCCCCGGAUAAAAAAUAAUUAAUUUUUACCCUGUUUCCUGCAUUUAUAACUAUUUCCCAUUUUCCUUUAAAAAAAAUGACUGAGGCAUUAUUUACCAGUAUUUACCCCACUCGUAUUUUCCACCCCAGCCAAGACUGUUACACUCAAGAAGACCUGGUUCCUGUAACGCAAAGGUUAGCAAUUGAUUUUUACGAUUGAUUGUACAUGGAAGUCAAUGGAAUCAAUUGUAGAAAAAUGUUCUACGAUCAUUGCUAAGCUUUGUGUUACCGGCCACUGAUGACUCUGUAAUAUGAAGAUAUCCUUUUUGCCUUCACAUUGAUGAACACAUAUAUUAAAUACCAGGAUUGGGUCAUUUUCAUCUUGUCCUUCAUGUACCUCAGACAAUCAUGAUGGCUUGUUGGUAAAACCGCAUUCCAUGUGGCAGAACAAGCUUGAGAAUAAAAGGUCAAAGUUCAUGGAAGUAAGAUGAGAAAGACUGGAUCCUUGAAUUUGAUAUAUGUCCUUUUAGUGCCUGGUGACUAUGUCUUGGACAUUGUAUGUAAAAGCAGGCAGUUUUGCAAAGAAGCGACUGCUUGCACAAAUGUACGUGCCAUAAUUGGGUAUUUUUAUCUGCAAUAUCUCUCUCAUGUCCUUGUCGUGACUUUUUGGAUGUAUUACUUGUUUUGCAGGUUUUGAAAAACAGGUGUUUUUAAAAUUUUCUCUUGGUGCAAUAGAGGGGUUUAAUGCAGAUUUGAGAUUUUUUUUCAGUUGAUCCUAUGCUAGCUGUACCAAAGUGAGACGGAUGAUACACAGUUAUGUUGUGUAUAUUAUCAAUAUACAUGUACAUGUAUGUUGCCAAUCCUACAUGCAUUGUACACAUUAUGGAAUUUUUAUUGUGUUAAAAAAAGUCAAUGUAAAGAUUACCAACAUAGUGAAAUGUACACCACUCCCUUCCUUUGACGAUGGUUUAUGAUGAUUUGCUCUUCAACCGCUUCUAACGGCAGGGUCAAAUCUGAAAAACUUUUUGUUACCAUCAGCAACUGAAAAAUGGUGUGCAGUCCACAAUGUUUGUAAUCGGAGCAGAAACCUGUGUCAUGAAUGUGGUUUUUGUGUAGUUGUUAUGAAUAGGGUUUAUUCAAUGUACAUGUAAUUCAAUCAGUCAAGGUCACUUAACCUAUAUACAACUAUUUGUAUAAAUAAUGUGUUGUUUUUAUGAUUCUGUUUUUUUUGUGUGUGUAAACAUGUAUUUGACAAUCUUAGGAUGUUUAGUUCAAUCUUAUUCCACCAGUGAAGGUCACUUUACCUAUAUUCAACUAUUUCUAUAAAAAGUGAUAUUUUUGUGAUUCUGUUUUAAAUAAGGUAGAAAAUCUUAUUAAUAAAAAUGUGAUAUUUUGUUCAAUCUAAUUCAAGUAAUCAAGCUUAGGUAAUUUUACCUAAAGGGUUAUAUUUCUUAAAUUCUGUUUAAUCAAAGAAAAACUUCAGUGAAACUUUAUGUAAUUGAUUGUCAUAGGUAGUGUGGUGUUUGAGAAAUAAGGUCACUAUUUACCCGAUGCCAAUUCAUACCCUUCAAAACCUUAACUCUUUGUUCCACUAGAGUAUUACAUACAUGUACCACAGACUGCCAACUGUGUAUAUGUAUUGUUUUGAUAAUAUUUGGAAAAGUUGGAUAUUUUACAUCAAACUAUAAGAAUAAAUUGUUACAUUAUUUGACAUGGUUUAAAUCAGUUUGAUGUUAAAUCUGGUCUUUGAUUCAUGCCAUCAUGUUGAUAGGGAAACCUACAUAGUACAAACCAAUGUAUCAACAUUAUCAAUAACAUGGAUUCAAAUUAAAUCCACAUCAGCAGUAAAUGGUGACCAGCUGGACACUGGUUGUAGCUUAAAUCAGUAAAGAUUUGAAAUGAAAGCUCUAUCAAGAUUUGAAUUUUAAUCUUUUGAGAUGCAAAAUUAAAUUAAAUGCAAAGUCACAGCAGAUCUGGAUUUUAUUUUAAAACCAUAGAGUGUCAGUCUGGCAGGCCAGUUAUAAUUCAUUUCAUAUGUAGAUAAGACAAACUUAAUACUGCAAGAAAGGCAUAUGUGUCUUAAGCUCAAUUUUGUAUUUUUUGAAAUGUAAUAUGUCUGUCUGGUAUGGAUGAGUACUUGAACUCCAAUGUCUUGAGCCAACUUGAUUCUAUCCAGCAUAAGAGUAGACAUAUGUGGCUCAGUGGAUAAGUCUUGACUCGAACAAGAAGGUCGGGGGUUCAAAUCCCACCGCAGCACCCACCUCCUUUGGCAAUUUGUAUAUCUACAUUUGCCACUCUAAACCCAGGUGCAAAUAAUUAAUACCUGGUAGGAGGAAAUUCCUCAAAUGCUCGAGCAUCUGAUCAGGGUUGCCGUUCUAAAGCUGUGGUAAUAUGCAGUGCUUAAAAACAUUGUGUUAUGCGUUGUAUAAAUUUAGGCUCAUGGUAGCUGCAUUAUAAUUCCUUGCCACCGAUGAUUAGUCUGCAGGCACAGACCCUUUGGUUUUCACAAUUCACAUAGUGCAUAAUGCAGAGUCUGAAGUAGUGAGACUAGAUUCACUAUGUACUGUGGCUGACUCUGCCACAGAGAGAGUGAGUUUGCAGUCUAGUCUUCCCUCUAGACAUGACAUAAUUGGUUAAAGUAUCAAAUUUGAAUCUGCGCUUGCAGACUAACCAAUGGCCUGCAUGCUUGUUUUUAGGUACAUUCAUCAAUUAUGAAUUAUUAUGACCUGUGAUUUGAGUUUGCUAUUUGAUUACCAACGCAGUUGAUGAAGUGAUAAUUAAAUUUUUCUGUGUUUGUGUGGACUGCAGUUGAUAAGUAGAUAAUGUAUGAUUAUAAUGUGUAAUAGAUAAGUACCCAUAGAAGCAAUUUCGUGAAAUAGAUAAUGACUAGUACAGAAUGCCUAUUUUUCUGAAAUCUGAUUCUUAAACAUUUUUAAAGUUAAGAUAUUUUUAAUGAAAAUAUACAAAGUCCUAUUUGAUGUUCUCUUUUAUGGUAAAACAUUGCCAUUAUAAUUAGUAUUUUAGAUAAGCACUCAACAAAAUGUAUUUUCAUGAAAAAAAACAAAGUCUGGUACAGAUUUCAGAUUUUAAUUGUUUUAAUGCUAGGAUUAAUUUUACACUGCGUUGUGGAAAUACAUGUCCUACUUUUUUAUGGGGAAAAGACUGCCAUUUGUUGCCUUAUUAAUUUUUUUUUCGAAUGUUUCUUAUAUCUUUCUAACAGUAACACAUGCCAUUUGCUAUAUUUUUGUGCAGAGGGUAUCUGCAAGACAAGUUAAAAUCUACUGAAAGUGGCUGUUCUGUUUUAAUAGUAAAUGGGUUGGUCACUGAUUGGUGGUGAAUAUGAAUGCAUACAUAUGGUUUCAAUGCGUUAGAAGAUGAUUAUUUGGCAUUAUUGUUUCAGCCUUAAAAGGUGUAUUUUAUUGUCUUAAAGGUCGAUUGAUGAAUGUAGUAUGGAUGUCCACCAAUGGUUUUACUCAUGAGUUUAUUGUGAUUAAAUUGAGCGUGAGAUCAUGUUAAUCCAA